CCUCUAAGUCUUGUGAUGAAAAUGGAUCAAACAGAAAUCAUCAUGCAAAACCUGGAAAGAGCCAAAAGCAGAAAGCUCAACAAAGAGGAGUUCACAAAUGAAUUUUUGAAACUGAAAAGGCAGUCGGCAACCUACAGAGCUGACAAAAUCUACCCAACGGCUACAUCUGAGAGGCCAGAAAAUAUCAGCAAGAACCGGUAUAAGGACAUCUUACCAUAUGACCACAGCAGAGUGAAGCUCUCCCUUAUCACGUCUGAUAAAGAUUCUCAUUACAUCAAUGCCAAUUUUAUCAAGGGUGUGUAUGAGCCAAAGUCUUACAUAGCUACCCAGGGUCCACUUCCCACUACUGUUGUUGAUUUCUGGAGGAUGAUUUGGGAAUAUAAAGUUCUGGUUGUGGUCAUGGCUUGCAUGGAAUUUGAAAUGGGGAAGAAAAAAUGUGAGCGAUACUGGGUAGAUGUGGAUGAGUCUCCACUCCAGAUGGGCCCUUUCUCCAUUUUCUGUGAGGCUGAAGAAAAGAGAAAUGAGUAUAUGAUUCGCACGCUGAAAGUGAAACUGAAUGACAGUGAAAGCCGAACUGUCUACCAUUUUCAUUAUAAAAAUUGGCCAGACCAUGAUGUACCCUCCUCAAUUGACCCUAUUCUUCAGCUCAUAGGGGAGAUACGUUGCUACCAAGCACCCAGUGAUGUACCUAUCUGUGUACACUGCAGUGCGGGCUGUGGAAGAACAGGAGUCAUCUGUGCCAUUGACUACACGUGGACCUUGCUAAAAGAUGGGAUUCUUCCAGUGAACUUCAGCAUUUUUAAUAUGAUUCAGGAAAUGCGCACACAGAGGCCUUUAUUAGUGCAAACUCAGGAGCAAUAUAAGUUGGUCUACGAUGCUGUGAUUGAGCUCUUUAAAAGGCAAAUUGAGGCACUUGCUAAUCUUUCCAAUACCAUUGCCAUGGAGACCGAUGCAAACCAUCCAACAACCAAGAUACUCCAAGCUUCAUAUAUGGAAACUUCUUCUUUGAAACAGCUAAACAAUUCAGUGCAAGAGGAAUGGGAGAAAUCUCAGAGUUCUGGUCAUGACAUAAGGGGCUUGGACACACAUGGCAGAAAUGGUACUUCUCUGGUCAGACAAGCACUUUCAAUUGGAUCCCUGAGCUUCAGCACCAGCAGAAACAUGGAUGCCACAACAGAACCAAACUCUAGGUUGGCAAGAGUGCCACUCCAUAAGCGUCAAAGUUUGGACUUAAACAAUCUCUUUUGGACAGAGCUACCUCUCACUUUAAAAUCAGGAGGUGAAACUGGGAUCAGCUUAGAUCUGAAGGUGCCUCUAUCACGGACCAAAUCAACCCCUUUUGAUUUAGUAUCGCAGAAACCGUCCCAAAUGUUGACAAGAAAGGAUUCUGGCUCUUGUGUGGGACUCCAGUUUGGGGACUUUGCUGUUGACUCUAGCCCUUCAAAUACACUAUCAAGCAACACCAAGCAUUGCAUGCUCAAGCAGUUACACCGUCAUCCUUGUACUUGGUCAUCGGAAGAUCCUUACUUUUCUUCUCUUUCAUCAGAAGAGCCAUGCUCUCCAGCACUUCCCAACUCUGCUGUGAGUCCACCUGAAACAAUUUCCCCAUUUUCUUCUGAUGUGGACUCCACAGCUCAGCCCUUUGGUGGUGCAAGGCCCACCCACCCAUUAUGCAACCCUAUGGCUCACAAUAUCCAACCAGUGAAUGCAGUGGAAUCUACCUGCCGGGUCUCUCCCCAGCUGGAUGAAGACAUUCCUCCUCCAUUGCCUGAAAGAACCCCUGAGUCCUUUAUUGUACCUGGAGAAGAUGUUUCAAACCACCAACCACUGUGCAAGAAUAAGAAAAUUGGAAUCUCUAAGGAGUGGAGCAGCAUGUCGCAGCUGAAAUAUUCCGAUGACUCUGUGAGACUGAGGCCAAGUAAGAAUGUGAAGCUGCAGAGACCCAGAUCAGAGAUUCAUCGGGAUCGGUCUCCUUCCCCUCCCCCGCUUCCUGAAAGAACUCCUGAGUCCUUUAUGCUUGCAGAUGAGGAAUAUCAACCAUCUAUUAUAACCAACAUUGUGAGCUGUGGAGACUCUGGGGUUAAGUCAGCAGACAAGCCAUUAAAGGAAGCAAAAUGCUUCAGGAGGAGUAAGAGCUUGAAGAUUUUACGAAACAUGAAGAACAGUAUUUGCAGUACAUCUUCUUCCUUGCUAUCAAAAGCCCCAGAACCUGAUCAGUCAAAUCACUCCAGCUCUGUUCUGAGGUUUGGCUUCGCAAAUCGAUUUUCAAACCCCAAAGGACCAAGAGAUCCACCACCAAGUUGGAACAUUUAGUAAAACUUCAUGGAUGCCCUUUGUCUCUACUGCAGCCUUGGACCUUCAGUUUGACAACUGAAGUCUGCAACAGGAUCAAAAAGGCUUUUGUGAUAGUGCUACUAGACAGGAUAGUAUAUAUGUGUCAUGCCCCCGCCAGUUGAGUCCUGUUUCAAGUUGUGUCUGGAGCCCCUAGAAACUUAGGAACAGCCCAGAACAACAGCCGAUGAGGAGCCAGAACCCUGCGGUGAGACUGGCAGGGAUUUCUCCCUCAGAAAGGGAGCUUAGCCUCUGAAGCAUAGGCAGAACAACUCCCAAGUGAGCAAUGGUUCCUCAAGAACCAGACUUGAGACCCUCACAGUCAGGAGGAGUGUUCAGUUGCAGAGGAAGACUUCUUGUGAGUAAAGGACUAUUGAGGAGUAUGGCUGUCCUCAUGAGAAGGACUCUCUGCUGAAACCUAUAAGGGGCUGCAGCUGGGCCCAAAUUGGAGUUAUGGAAGCUCUGGCUCAAAAGUCUCAAUGUGAGGCUGGGGGAACUGCUGGAACAAUGUCUUGCUACUAGCUCUAUUUCUUGUACCUGAUCCUCACCUUUGGAUUACUUGGACUUCAAACUGUCACUCAAGUUGCCUUUUGCCUGAGCCCUUGUUGGAACCUCUGCUUGCUUGGAAUUGGCCCUUGUACUGGCCUUGGAUGUUGCUGCUGGGGCUCAUGCCUUUCCUGAAGCCACAGUGUCUUACCUGGAGCUGUUGCCCCCAGUCCAGGAUGUGUGGAGGUGUAAGCCAUGAUGUGAAAGAAUGUUACUCUGUUCAAGCUGACAGGCACUGUUAUUUAUUAGUAAUUCAUGUGUUCCAAGAAUAUAAGUGAUAUUUAACUGUGGAUUUUUCAAGCCUAGCCCUUAUGCUUCCUUGCUUUUGAAAUAUAUCAGAAACUGGUGGGGAUAUCUCUACUGUAAUGCCUGCAGAGGAUGUUGUUUGCAUGAAUGUAGCAGACAUCAGGCAAUGGCUGGUGGACACUGAAGCACUUUUGUGAUAUUGGUAUACUGUGAUUUCCCUGUGUGUCUGAAGGAGGAGGUUGGCAUCCUCACAUGUCCUACCUUCAGAGAUCAACAAAUAGCAAACAGUUUGGGCUGCCUUAUUUUGAAAUAGAACUAAUUUUUUUUACAAGCAGCCCUGAUCCUGAUUCUCCUCUCAUGUGUAAGGAAUAAUUCCUGUCCAUAUUAAUACUCUGGUAAGUCGCAUCUCAAUACCUAAUUUUCUUAAGCUGGGAUCUGUUUCCCCAAAUGUUCAAAAUUGGGAGUCUGAAAUGUGUAUCUUGAAUAUUAAAACUUUUGUGUAAUUCAAAUAAUGACAGGAUUUGAACUAGUCAUGACUGUACACGCUGAAGGCUUUUUAUUUGUCUUUUUCACGAAGCAUUACAGUAUAUUGCAACCAGAUAUUUACAUCUUUCCCCACAAGUUUCUGGGUUUGAAUUUUGGAACCGAGAUUUUAUACUUGGCACCAAAGCAAUAUCCACCAUGUUCUAAUGUUCCAAGUGUCUCAUAUACAUGCCUAAGGUGCAUGCUGCCCUGGCUCCUGCUGGGAGGAAGGGCAGGAUAUAAAUAAAUAAAUAAAGCAAGCAAGCCAGGGGUGCCUACAGGAUAAGGUAUUUGCAUUGUGGAAAGGCAUCCAGAUGGCUGAAGCAAGUGAGAUGUGGUACUCCCCAAAGAGAGGAGAGCAAAGGCUUAGGAUAGAGACAUACUUAAUGUUGUGCCAGUUCCACUGUGUCUCCACCUGUUUUCUGAAAAUGGAGGCACAUGAUGCUAAUCAAACUCCUUUUUACUCUAAAACCUGAUCAGAUCAGCUUGAGUGCAUUUUUUAAAAAAAAAUCCACUUCAGACAGAUUUCACAACUGAUUGGUAGAUCAACCUGUUGCCCUUCCAGGUGUGGACAAUGGAAAUGCUUUACUGUAGGCUGAGGCCUACAGACAGUGAUUGGGCCAACACUUUGCUGUGGACAGUCCUGAAAGUUCUGAAGUCAGCAGUGGGGAAGGAAGGUGUGUCCAACCAAGGGCAGAGUCACUUCAAAAUGCAGCCAGAAAAACCAUUCUCAUGUUCCCACAGCCUUAGUGAUGAGAAAUGAGACAAUGCUGACAGCUAGCCUUAAUUUCUGUUUAAAAACAGAAUUGAAUAAAUAAAAUAAAUCCUAAAGCAUGAAAUGGAAUCUUUAUAUGGGAGAUGCAAUGUAAUACAAUUAAA